CCUGGAUCUCGUACGGCGCAGGCGCGAGGCUUAUCCUCUCGCGGGACGGGGCGGAGGGGGUGCGCGCAGGCGCGAGACUCGAAUGCUCGCGGAAGGGCAGGCCCGGCUCGGCGGAGGCCGGGCGGCUGGAGGCCGGGCGCAAUGGAGAAGCGCGGCCGGCUCGCGAAGGCGGUCCCGACUCUGCAGUCUGCGCAGCUCCCUCCGACACCUAAGAAGGAGCGGAGGCUGAGCAUGUUCGAGAAAGAGGCCUAUGCACAAAUUUUAAAAGAACGACUGAGAGAAUCCAUUCAUGAUGUUCAGUAUGUGGAACCUCCAUUUGAUGACUCAAUUGCUGAUAUAGGUAAAGAAUGGAAGAGUGCCCUGGCAAAGCUGAAGUUUGCGAAUUCAUAUAGAAUGGAACCACUGAAAAAAUUUCAAGCUCAUUCUGUAGAAAUUAAAGCCCAGCAGAUAUUAGAGGCUGUUCUAAAAGAUGUCAAAUAUGAUGAUAAGCUCUUCUCUCAUUUGUCACUUGAGUUAGCAGACCAAAUAUUAUCAGCUGUCAAAGAAUUUGGGUACCACCGUUACAAAAUCAUUAUAAAAAUAUUAUUAAUUCAAAAAACCGGUCAGGCAAUAAAUAUUGCCAGCAGAUGGAUAUGGGAUGUUGCUUGGGAUAGCUGGGUUGCUGCCAAGCAUGAAACUGAAGGUUACGUGGCAUUGGUCUUGAUAUUUGCUCUUUAUUGUGAAUAGCUUGAUGUGUACUAAAGAGUGUUUCACUCUGAGCAUCCCCUCAAAACAUGGAAUUUAUGGAUUUUGAGGCUCAAUUUUUUCUGAUUGAAACUUUUAAUUGUAUUUCUUUAACAACAAACAAGUAAAAGUUUUUAUUUACCUUAACACUUACUAGUUGAUAUAUUUGUUAACAGUCUAUUAGCCUAAAGUAUGUGAAUGCCAAUAAUGGAUUAUAGUAUGGGAAAAAUAUUUAUCAUUCUUGUUAUAUCUAACAAAAUUUAAAUUUGCCACAUGAAAUUGUGACACAAACUGUUAAGUUGCCAAAUUAAAUGUUAAUAUAGAUUAUGGAAAACUUUUUAUGCUGUUGUUAGAAUUUAAUGAAAAUUUGUUUGGGGCCAGAGGGAUAGUACAGUGAUACUUGCCUUACACGUGGCUGACCAGGGUUCAAUCUACAGUACUGUAUAUGGUUCCCCCAAGCCUCCCUAGGAGUGAUCCCUGAGCACAGAGCCAGGAGUCGGCCCUGAGCAUUGCUGGGUGUAGCCCCCCAAAACCAGAAUUUUUAUUUGUCCCAAAGAUAUUAUGUGUAUGUGCCAAAGUAUAUACAUAGCAAUAUAUCUGUA